GGGACAUCUGGUCGCCUGCUGCCCAUGGUGAUCAACACUUGGGACUAUCCUGAAGCAAACACUAAGGCCUGGAGUGUCCUGAACUUGAGUAAAGGCGGCCUGGGGCAAACACUCAAUGCCGUGGUGGAGGGCAUAUCCGAGUGCGAAAGGCUGCAGUGCGGAAAAGCUGUGGGCUAUGGCGGGUGUCCUGACGAGCAGGGAGACACUUCAUUGGACGCUCUGGUCAUGGAUGGCAGAACCAUGGAAAUAGGUGCAGUGGCUGAUCUACGGCGCAUUAGAAGCGCCAUUAAGGUGGCACGGCAUGUGCUGGAGCACACCAAACAUACAUUGCUGGUAGGUGAUGCAGCUGAUGAUUUUGCCAAUGAAAUGGGAUUUCAAAACGAAACGCUGAAUACAUCUGAAUCGAUGGAAUUUUGGAUGAAAUGGAGGGCGAACAACUGUCAGCCAAAUUUCCGAAAAAAUGUCCAUCCCGAUCCGAAGGUAUCCUGCGGGCCGUAUUCGCCCCUAACCUCCUGGAAGGACGAUAUCAGUCGAAGCGAAUAUGAGAUCGGGCCCAAUAACCAUGACACAAUCACUAUGAUCGCAAUCGAUGAGGAAAGUAACAUCCAUGUGGGCGCCUCCACAAAUGGAUUAAAGUAUACGAUUCCAGGACGGGUAGGAGACUCGUCAAUUCCGGGAGGUGGCACCUACGCGGAUAACGAUGUGGGAGCCGCCAUAACCACCGGAGAUGGUGAUAUUAUGAUGCGCUUCCUUCCAUCACUGCUUGCUGUGGAGGCCUUGCGAGCGGGUAGAACGCCGGCGGAGGCAUCUAGACUGGCCUUACGGCGCAUCGGGAAGUACGAAUCCAAAUUCGAUGGCGCAGUUGUGGUCGUGAAUCGUUUGGGUCAGUACGCAGUAACUUGUCAUGGCUUCGAGGGAGAGUUCUCCUAUAUGGUAAGCAGCCCGGCUUUGCCCGAUCGCCCGAUGCGAAAGGAAACCAUCAAGUGUACAAUGAGCAAAGAGGAACUAGAGGCAUCAUCAUUUUAG